AUGAGCAGCGCUUCGAGUUGGAAACCGUCCCAGCCUGCGGACCGAUGGCUAAAGCAGAGCGUUCUGGGCGUUUAUGCAUCGGCACUGCUUUUUUUCUCGGUUUGGAAUGCUGUGUUCUUCAAGCGUAUGACAAAUACCAUGCCAAAUUAUCCCUAUUUUCUAUCGCAGGUCACGAGCUGGAUUUACUUGCCAGUCCUGGGCCUCGUGCUGCUCUUCAAGCGCGUUUUCGAUCGGCCGUCGCCAUUGGAAGAUGAGGAGCUGCCGCAGCUCAAGCUCGCUUUUGUCGGUCUCCUAGAGGCAAUCGCAGGAAUCUGCACCGUCCUCGGAGGUGUCUACACUCGCGGCACAACACAAAUGAUCCUCGUCCAGGCCAGCAUCCCCAUGACCAUGUUUUGGUCCGCUUGCAUUCUCGGGACGCGAUACGUCGUACAUCAGUUUGUUGCGGCGGGCGUCAUCAUCGGAGGGGCACUUGUCGUGUUAACGCCACGGCUCAUUGGUAUCCACAGCAGCGGGAGCACAAGCACAGGCACUGUUGACCUCCUGUUCUUCAAUUUGGUGUUUCUCGCUGCACAACUGCCGCAAUCUCUAGCCCAUGUGUACAAGGAAUACGCCCUUCGCGGCCAAGAGAUGAGCGUGUUCAUAGUCAUGUUCUACAUCGCCUGGUAUCAGUCCUUGAUCGGGCUCUCUUUGAUUCCGGUGAAUUCCCUGCGGCUUUUUGGACCGGCCCGCGUCCCACUGCAUGACUUGCCUAGCCUUCUUCUGAACGGAAUCAAGUGCUUACUCGGUCAAGAUGUCCUUCGCACCGACUGCAUAAUAGAGCGCGGGGACGACGGCACAUCCCUGCCGCCGUGCGACCAUUGUCGGGGGGCAUGGCUCCCAGUUCUUCUGUAUAUGAUUGCGAACAUCUUGUAUAAUGUAUUCGGCAUCCUGGUGAUCAAACACGGGGGUGCAACGCUCUAUACGAUGCUGAUGACGCUCCGUCUCCCUCUGGUGAGCUUUGCAUUCUGCAUGUCAUUUUUCAUGGGCGAUGAGGCGCAACCCGUCGACUGGUAUGACCUCGUUGGCCUUGUCGUGAUCCUCAUUGGCCUGUGUAUUUACCGCUGGGAAGAGCGGGCCGCUCAUCGAACUGAAAACGAAGCUGCCACUGAGGCGAGUCAGGCGCUGGAGCGCGAUCACGAAGCGAGCGCGAACGUUGCCGUCGGUCCGAUUCUGAGCGAGCCUCUGCUUCUCGACACACCAGCAGGAGCGAUAUCACCAGUGCGACAAGCAGCCGCUGGCACGCGGUGGCGACCUCUGCAACGCGCACCCUUCUGGUCAUCGAACCGUAAUGCAAACCGUGACUAUGAUACGUUUGGUUGA